AUGAAUCCUGGGAAAAAACAUCCCCCACAGGGAAGAUACCUCACAAGGACGCACCAUAAAGAAAUAGAACUUCAGGGAGAUCGAACAGGAAAUAUCAUCCUCAGAGAAAUGCCACACACAGAAACAUCUUUAUAUUUACGCAGCAGGAAGGAUGUAGCUAUGGAAAAAUGUAACACAAACGAGCAUUAUUAUAGUGACAUGCCAGAUAUAAGCAUCGUUAAAGAAAUCCCACACAGAGGAAAGGCAUCACAGUUACAUGAUACGAGAACAACACAAUGA